AUGGCGCAAGAAACUGGCCCGCCAAAUUACAUAUCUCCUGAUACCACAACCCGCUCUCCAGAUUGCAUCAACAUGAGAAAUCCUCGAAAUAUAAUUGGUUGUUCGGAUGUUUCACGAGAAAAGAUAGGAAAGAGGAGAAAACAGGAGCAGGGUUUGAAUGAUAGAUUGGUAUUAGAGGAGUUGGGUGACCAAGGAGCUAGCUCAACGAGAGUUCUGGGGAGAUUAAGAGGCCGGGGAGAGAGAGUGGGCGGGACAGAAAGCGUGUAA